AUGCAGCUCCACCCCCGAACCAGCACGCCUUCGGCCUCGACGGUCCUCCGCGACUUCCUCAACCAGGCAAAAUGCACCUACUGCACGGUGCGCGUGGUGGAGCUGACCAAACAGCGCGCCGUCGUGGAGUGGGGAUCAGUUCCCUACUUCACGGCGCGGGGUAAACGGGCCGAGUUCGUCUACUACACGGCCGAGCGCGUCGCCGACGUCCGGCCGGACGUUCUCCGGACCUGGGCGGGGCGUAACGAGAAGCCGACCGAGUGGGUCCGCGACCGCCUCCGCGACAGCUGGCUUGUCGAGCAGCUCGCGUAUUGGGUCGAGUUCCUGGAGGAGUGGAAGUUUUACCGCGAGUGGUACGUCUACAGGCCCGAGCUGUUCGAGGGCAAGGUCCCGGAUGUGCUCAGUCCCGGUUGCGAGGGCUGCGUGAAGCCGCACUGGCCCGGCGGGCUGCGGCGACGGGCAUCCUCCUGCUCUUGA